GGAAGUGGGACAAUCAGCUUGUUUCUCUCAUUGUGACCUCAAGCUGAAGUAAAACAAAAAGGCAGCAGCUUGUAUUGUCUUAGCAGAAGGACGAUUGUGUUGUAUCUCAUCUGAAUAUUUCAGCAACCAUGUCUUCAGCUCAGCAUCUCAGAGUUUAUCAGAGAGAGACUAACUGCUGCUGCUCAAGAAAUCUUCACCGAGGUUGAAAAAACCAUCAUUUGCUACGAGGAAGAGCUCGAUGCUCAGCGCAGGAUGAUGACCGGAUUGACUGGAAACCACAAAUAAAGCUCCACAGAAUCGGGUCGGAGCUGCAGAAAUAAAGUUCUGACUUCCAAAAGUCACAAAUCUCCAUUUAGGAGGAAAUGUCUGCCAUCCCCCAGGUAUUUCACCACAGGAGGAGAUCCAGUCAUGACAAGGAGGAAGCAGAACCUAAACAGAUUAAAGAGGAAGAGGUCGACCCGGAACAAUUGCAGGUUAAACCAUCAGAACCAGGGCAUCCAUGUAAUAUUGAGAAAGAGGAGGAAUCAGGUCUUCCACUUAUUGAACAAUGGGAAUAUUCUGAAUGGAUUAAAAAAGAAGAGGAUAACACAGAAUCUCCACUGAUAAAUGAAGGAAAUGAGGAACCAGAUCCUUCAGUGGUUCGACAUGAACAGCAGCCACCAGAACAUUUACCAACUGGACAGGACCAGAAAGAUCUCUGCAGAAAUCGGGAGGGAGAGCAGCUUGUCCAGAAGCAGUUUGGUGCUUUGAUUGAGACUUCUACUCUUCAGGAAGGUAAUUUGAUUAGAGAACCAAAACUUGAGGAGUUUUCCUUUGAUAUAUCUAAUGUAAUUGAGAGCAAAGAUCAGGCAGGAAGCAGCUCUUCUGUAUCAUGGAGUCAGUCUCAUAUUGACACAAAGAAAAGGUCUUUCAAAUGUGACAUUUGUGGAAGAUGGUAUAAAAAUCAGGAUAACUUAAAUAACCAUUACAGAACCCACACUGGUGAAUGGCCUUUUUCAUGUGAUUCGUGUGGAGAAGGUUUCCCUAAAAUUAGUGCUUUAAAACGACACAAGAAAAUUCAUACAGGGGAGAAGCCUUUUUCGUGUCAGUCAUGUGGAAAAAGUUUCACUCGAAUUGGUGAUUUAAAUGUCCACGAGAGAACUCAUACAGGUGAAAAGCCUUUUUCAUGCCAGUCUUGUGGAAAAUGUUUCUCUCGAAUUGGUGAUUUAAAUGUCCACGAGAGAACUCACACAGGUGACAAGCCUUUUUCAUGCCAGUCGUGUGGAAAAUGUUUCUCUCGAAUUGGUAAUUUAAAUGUCCACAAGAGAACUCAUACAGAUGAGAAGCCUUUUCCUUGUCAAACAUGUGGAAAAAGUUUCUCUCACAUGUGUAGUUUAACCAUUCAUAAGAGAAUUCAUACAGGUGAGAAGCCUUUCUCUUGUCAAACUUGCGGACAGAGUUUCUUUCAAAUUAGUAGUUUAAUCAGUCACAAGAGAAAUCAUACAGGUGAGAGACCUUUUUUAUGUAAAGCAUGUGGAAAAACUUUCUCUCGAAUUGAUCAUUUAAAUGUACACUCGAAAAUUCACACGGGUGAAAGAUCUUUUUCUUGCAACAUAUGUGGAAAAUGUUUUAAAACAAGUUCAAAUUUGAAUGAUCACAGAAAAAUUCACACAGGUGAGAAACCUUUUACAUGUGAAACAUGUGGAAAAAGCUUCAUUAAUGUAUGGAAAUUGAAUUUACACAUUAAACAAAAACACUUGACUGUCACAUAGAUUAACUAUUAUAAAUACUUUAACUUUUCCUGGUAGUAGUUAUCUUUGCAAAGUAUAUUAGAAAAAGAAAAUUGACUAAACCAGGUUAUAGGAAACCUCUCCAAGUCUGUAAAUAGCAGCAACUUGGACCUCAUGGACAAACACCUUUUUCAUACUGUGGUUGACUGAUUCACCUCUGCUAUUAGGGAUACGAGCAUAUCUACAAUAUAAAAAUGCAGCUUAGGGAGCUGAGUUUGGCGUCAAGUUUGGAAAUAAAAUGUCAUAACUGUGUAGAUGCCUUAUAGAUGUAGUUCAGCUUGGUGAUGGAGGACUGAUGAUGUGGGCUUGUUUUAAACGCAUUAGUUCAAUAUGAAGUCUUCUUUGUAUUAAACUCUUCUAGAAAAAAAAAUUCGGUCCAUCUUUUGCUCAUAUCUGUAAACUGAACUUCAAUACAUUUUACAUUUUAUUUUAUGUAUGUGUAUUUUAAAUGGAUCAAAGUUUCUGCUUUUAAUUUGGAUGUUUAUAAGAGACGAUUGAUUGAUAGAUUGAUAGAUUACUUUAUUUUCCCAAAGGGAUCAUUUCUUUCAUGUCAUUACAUUUUCCAAGUUGAAUUAAUAGAUGUGUCACAAAAAGUACAUCAUCACAAACAUACACAGCAACAAACAUUUUCCCACCAUUACCGUCAUACAGUCAGACACAAACAGAUAUAAUAUGAAUAGCAUGCAUUCCUCCUUCCCCCUGUUCACCUCAUUAGACAUAGCAAGAAACAUCACUUCACUGAAAACACUAGAAAAUGGAUGAUUGUCACAGACGUUUGCUUUGUGCAAUGUGCAACUUUUCUUAAAGGGACAGUACUAUGUAAUAUAGACGUUUUGAGUUUUACAUCAUGUUAUAUUGUUAUUCACUUAUCAAAGAUGUACCUGGAGUUUUAUCUUGAUUCUUUCUUGCAUGUUUGAGAAAUCCUUUAGUCUCCAUGGCAGAUAUUCAGCUGUGCAAAACACCUGGGUGGACCUAGCUCCGCCUUCGAGGCGCAGCACUACCACGACUCUUUAACUGAACUCCUUUAGACUAGCCAGCAGCAAUUAGCAAACAUCUGGUGGAACUGCACAGCUACUUAGCUCAUUGUACAAGCUACUUCUCAGUAAAGCCUAUAGAGGAGCCAUGUUGUGAUGACUUCCUGAAGGCAGAAAGAACAGGAGUUUUUAAAGAGACAGACGCAUAAUUUCAAGGCUUUAAAUUAGGAAGUCAAAUUUCUUUUAAGUUAUGUUUGAUAUGUAGUAUUUCUGUAACAAAUUAAGGUAACAUAGUUAUUUGAUUAUGCUUGUAAAAUGGCACUAUGUGGCUGAGCAACAUAUAAUACUGCCCUUUGAAAGUGGGCUUUUUCCCAGCCUGCAGUUCUCUAUCCUCUGCCAAAUAGGAGUAAAGCAGUGGUGUCCAAAAUCAGUCCUCAAGGCCUGGGAUCCUGCAUGUUGGUUAAACACAAGCAAGCAGGGGCCUGCUAAUGAUGGCUUAUUAGCAGGCCUCUGCAGAACAUUGACAUGCUGAGAAGGUAAUAACUAGAAUUAAAUCAUGCAGGAUGCCAGCCCUCAAGGACCGACUUUGGACACCCCUGCCUUUUACAGGAAGGUUGGGUUGUUGCAUGACUUUGAGUACAGAUAUUAUUUAUUAUUGCUUUAUUACUAUUGGUAAUGUAGAAUAAAUCUUUGUUUAAUCACUGUAAAUAAAAUGCUCAUUGUAUUA